AGACGAGGAAGACUUGCUUUGUCAUCGUUCGGCACCAAUCAGCGAGCUGGUCUCACGGUCUUAGCCCCGCCCACCGGAGAAACCGCCAUCACUAAAUCCAAAACAAGAGUUGCCGUCUGCGGAGCUUCGCCUACAAGUGUUGUGGCCCAGGAUCCUGCGGGGUAGCCGAGCCUGACUUGUGUGUCGUCUGUGGAGCAGCUGGCAGCAUGAGUGAUGCAGAGGAAGCCAGGGAGACGGGGAUGGACGAGUCCAGUCCCGACCUCGGCAGAGCCAAGCUGUCCGCGGCGGGACAGAUCCUGGAGGGUAAACGCGCCAAGAAGACGGUGGAGAGACUCGACUUCCAGGCGCCCGAGCAGAAGAAGCUGAAGAUCGGAGAAGGAAGUGGAGAGAAACUGGGCGACAUCCCCAGGACGAACUACCAGAUCACCAAGAUGAAGCCGGCGGACCUGAAGACACUUCACACCAUCCUGUUCGACCGCCCGGGCCAAUCAGCGAGCAUCAAGAAGACCCUGCGGCUGUUCAACGGUUUCGGCUUCGACGAGAAGAGCGAGCAGUUCUCCAAGAAACGGGAGAAGCUUCUGAAGAGCUCAAACUUGACCAACAGCAAGCUCAAGGUGGUCUGCAGCGUCCUGGACCUGGAGAAGAAGGGGACGCACUCGGACCUGGUGGAGCGGAUCCUCACGUACCUGGUGUCGCCCAAGAACAGUGGCAAGCGUUUGCCAGUGAAGAAGAAGAAGAAGUCCAAGAAGAAGCUCUCAGGCGAUGACUCCGCCACGAAAGCCAAGAAGAAGAGCAGCAAACCCAAACCCAGCUCCUCGUCGAGCCCCAAGAAGUCCAAGUCAGCCAGCAAGUCCAAGGCUAUCGUGAUGGACUCCAGCAGUGACGAGGAGGAAGACGAGAAGGCCGAGGCGGCGACCGAAGCUGAGGGUUCGGAGGAUGAGGAGAAGGCGUCCGACAAAGACCUGGACCGGUCUGAGAAGUCGGAGCAGUCCAGCCAGCAGGACAGCGAGGAUGAGGACGAGUCUCCAAAACCAAAGUCGGGGAAAAAGGCGGCCGCCAAGAAGUCCACGCCAGUGAAGAGGGCCAAGACGCCGGCCAAGAAGGCGGCGCCACCGAAGAAGCGGGCGAAGAAGGACGAGUCGGACGGCAACAGCAGCGACGCCGACGAGAAGCCCAAGAAGAAACCCGCAGCCAAGACCAAGAAGGCCGACAGCAGCAGCAGCAAGACCACCAACACAGCCGACGACAGUUCGGACGACGAGCCACUGAUCAACAUGGUGAAGAAGCUGCCGAGCGACGAGCAGCUGAAGGAGACGGUGAAGGGUCUGCUGGAGGAGGCCAACCUGGAGGAGAUGACCAUGAAGCAGAUCUGCCAGAGGGUGUUCGACACCUUCCCCAACCAGGACCUGAGCGCCAAGAAGGACUUCAUUAAACAGACCGUCAAGUCUCUCAUCACAUGAAGACCGGAGGCAUCCGUCUCCACUUGUAGUUCCAUGUCUCUUGUUUUUCAGCUGAGCUUUGUUUUCUAUGCCUAAACUGACAGUUUUUUUAUUGAAGGCUUCUGUCAGGGUUUCUCUCGCAGAAUAAAGUUGUACAUUGAAAA